AGGAGGAAGUGGCAGGGAGCAUGUGGCUUACCAGCUACUCGCUGUGAACCCCGCGCCUCCGCUAAUCGCAGUGCACGUGGGCUAAGGACCGGAAACUUUGGAGCUAUUAUAGCAUGGCAGCAGCAGGAGGCAGCGAGCAGAAAGAGCUGCUGGCUCUGAUCCACCAGCACUUGGUCCAGUUUGGCUAUGAGAGAGCAGCAAGGGAGCUGCUGGCACAGAGUGGGCAGAAGACCUUCCUACCAUCCCCAGUCCCUCUCAAAGAUAUCUUCACUCAGUGGAAAAAAACUUCCUCACAAGGCCAGAAGCGAAAGGCGGAGGAAAUCAAGCAAGGCAGCCCAGCAAAGAUCAGAAUUCCUGAUCCCAACAGCAGCUCUGAGAGCUCGGAGGAGGAAGCAGCAAAACCCAUAAAAAGCAAUGCGGCUGUGAAUAACAGUUCCCUAGCUAAAGCGGAGAGCAGCAGUGAGGACGAGGAGUCGUCUUCUGAAGAGGAAGAAGCUGCUUGCAAGGAGGUGAAAGUCUCCGCAGCAGGAAACAAAACCAGCAACUUGCUGCAACUCGCUGCACAGAAGACGAACUCCUUCCCAGGCAAAGGGGUGGCUGUAGCUGCUGUCCAGGCAAAAGGGCAACAGAAGAAAGCAACUGCAAAUAAGCCAUCAACACCGGCUGUGACAAAGGCAGGACAGAAUAAAAUCCUCCCUGUUAAACCAGGAUCUGCUUCACAGCCUCUUGCAGGGCAAAAUGCAUCACAGGCAGCUGCUGCAAGGAAGACAACGAACUCUGAAAGCAGUAGCAGCAGCAGUUCAUCUGAAAGUGAGGAAGAAAAGACACCAGCAGCAGUAAAAACCCCAGUACCCAAGCCAGCUCUAAAGAAGGCAGAGAGCAGCAGUGGAGACUCCAGUGAUGAUUCAGAUUCAGAAGAAGAAACAAAUACUGCAACACUCCAGGUAAAAGCAGCUGUGGAAAGCAGGCAGGUCAACACGACGCUGACAAAAAGUGUGCCAGCCACCACUGUAAAGGCAUCUCCAGCAAAGAAAACGGCACAACCAACCAGAGCAGGAUCUGGAAAUGUGGCUAAAACCACGAAGCCAGCAGACAGCUCAGAGACAAGUGACUCCUCUGACACUGACAUUGAGGAACCCUCCUUGGCAACACAGGUAAAACCAGCUGUGGAAAGCAGGCAGGUCAACACGACGUUGACAAAAAGUGUGCCAGCCACCCCUGUAAAGGCAUCUCCAGCAAAGAAAACGGCACAGCAAACCAGAGCAGGAUCUGGAAAUGUGGCUAAAACCACAAAGCCAGCAGACAGCUCAGAGACAAGUGACUCCUCUGACACAGACAUCGGGGAACCCUCCUUGGCAACACAGGCAAAGUCACCUGGAAAAACCCCUCAGACCUUCUCAUCCCCAGUGAAAAGUGCAGCAGCACCCAGUCUCCUGUCAACCAAGACAGUCACUAUUCCAGCUCUGUUGAAGCAAACACCGAAGACUUCUGCAGUGAAACAGCCACCUCCUGCCAAAGCUGCUGGCGGGGUGAAGAAAGCAGAGAGCUCAGAGAGCAGCGAGUCAUCAUCGGAGAGUGAGGAUGAGGCUCCCUCAGUUCCAGUAACCCAGAAGAAAUUGCAAACUCCUCAGCCUCCCGCUGGAGCCAGACAAAAUCAGAUUGAUAAACCAGGCACCCCGGCGAAAGCCGCGUCGAGGGCUUUGAAGGGGAAGGAGACGGAGAGUGAGAGCAGCAGCAGCUCAUCUGACAGUCAGGAUGAAAUGAUUCCUCCAUCACAACAUAACCUGCCACCUCCUUUCGCAACCAAGGCAAACGCUGCACCUCAGGUGGUGUCUGCUGCAAAGUCCCUGCCCCCACCAGGAGGACCACUUCAGAAGACCCAGGAGAGUGAAGACAGUAGCCAGGAUUCUAGCGAUGAGUCUGACGCUGAAGAAGACAAAGUGUUCACCCAGAAACCAGCUCAGGAGACUCAGAAACCCACACCCGCUCCUGCUGCAAAGAUGGCAGGUGCCACAUCAGGCAAAGCAGGCAAUGCUCAGCCAGCAGGAAAAGUUUGGACAGCAAGCCCACUGAAGUCUGCAGCUGCCUCUCUCCAGAAGGCCGCAGAGAGCUCAGAGACCGACAGCUCUCAUUCUUCAGAGCAUGAGGUGGCGGCUGCAAAGCCUGUGAAACAGCCCCCCAUUCACCCCUUUUUUCUGCCGAAAGGAGUAAAAACAGCUGCUCCUCCAGGGAAGCAUGCACAGGCCAGCUCUAGUACACCGAACUCUGUUUCCACCAUGGGCCAAGGCCCUGCUGCAGUAACAACGGGGAAGGUGGAGCAGAGCUCCUCCAAGAAGCCUAAACUAAGCCAGGCUCCACUUGAUAAACCCGAUGGGAUCCUUAAGCACGAGAGUUCUGGAAGCAGCAGUUCCUCAGAUGGCGAGGAGGAGGCAUUGACAACCACCAAGCAGAUCUCACAGCCUGCAAGGAUACCACAAAAACAAGGAGUGGGGGGGAAGCCAGAGAGCUCAUCUGAAGCGACCAGCAGUGAUGAAGAGGCUUCGCAGUCCCUCUUAAAGACCCCACUGCCCACUCUGCCGAAGGGUGCUGCUCCUGCGUUAUCCAAACAGAGUUCCGGAAAACCCUCCUCUGCUCUUCGUAGUCCUCCCAUCAGCAUGGCUUCUGGCGACAGCUCUUCCAGUGACAGUAGCGACUCAGAUGCCGAUGCUAAGGAAAUAGUUGGGCAGAAGACAGAGAUUGGCCCAUUACCCUCUUCUGGAAAGGAAGUGGCAAGGACCAAAGGGGCUAAGGGGGCCACAGCAAGGAAAAAAGGAGCGGGAAGCAUCAGCUCCAAAGCCGCCUCUGCAAAGAAAGUUGCCACAAAGGCUCAGAGGAACGGCAGCACCAAAAGGAAUCCCGCAGGGCAGCUGCCACUCACCCUGCUGGCCAGCACCCAGACAGCACGAGUUGGCUCAGAGGAGGCCGCAGCCCAAGUUCCUGGUGCAGCCGCCCAGGGAGAGCCCCAAGCCACCCCUGUUGUGGCAGUCAAGCCUCCCAAAUCUUCCAAGGCUGGGGCAAAAGAGAAGCCGCCCAAGAAGCGAAAGCUGGCAGCUGGGGAUGCUGGCCCGGGCAAGCCGAAGAAAAAGAAGCUUAAAGCAGAGAGUGGCGUAGAGGUGCCAAAAAAGCUGAAGAAGAAGAAGAAAGCCAAGUCAACCGACAACGAAAAACCAAAGAAAAAAAGCAGCAAAGAUCAAAAAGACAAGAAAAAGAAGAGCAAAAAGCUGGAGUCUCUUACCCCAGAUGGAUCACAGAAGAAAAAGAAGAAAAAGAAAAAGAAGAAAACUGGUGACCUUGAGGGAGCAGCAUGAGCCAUGGCUUAAAGCAUGAAGUGAAGAAUAAAAAUAUGCUGGGAGCAUUCAAGGGAAAGAAACUGUUUGUUUAUAUUUUUAAAGAAAAGAAAAUGGGAAUGUCAAAGACUUAAUUUCAGUAUUUAUAACUAUUUUUAACUGUGACUUUUAGAGCUAAGCAUUGCUAACAGUUGAUCUGGCUAUUUGCUUGGGAAUAAGACAUGCCCCGAUUGCUUGGCCAAUGGAGAAGAUGCAGCUACUGUAACUGACAGAAUGUGGGGAAGACAAACACCUUUGAUUUUCAAUCCUGAAUCCAGCAAUUACUUUUACUGCUAUCUCUUCUUCCUCCUUCACCGCAUCCCAACCCUUAAGAGUUAUAUUUUUUUAAAGGAAAAGAUCGCCUCCCCCUCUUUUCAUACUACAUUAAAGGAAGAAGUUUUAUGUCUCUGCAGUGUCCAUCCAGGAAUUGUGUUCAAUAUGUACAAAACCCUGUUGAUUCUAGGUUGGCUUUUUCUCUUGUACUUUUCACUCUCUCUCUCUCUUUUUAAAUAAUGGUAUACAAUAAAACCAUAGGAACUGGGAAAAGCACUUGUGUGUUAUUUGGAAACUGAAAAUGUGUAAAUCUCUUGGCUGCAGCUAAACAAUUCCAAAGGAUUUGGUCAGCUGCACACAGCUGUCAUGUUGUGUUGAACAGGCUCAUGUCUUUGUGGUUUGUUUGUUUCAUUCUUAAAGAGAGCCAAGCUUCCAGCCCUUCUGUUUUCACAGGAAGGUUUAUGGAAAUGUAUGUUCCGUUUCUCUCCCUUUGGUUGUUAACCAGUUGUUGUUGUUGUUUAGUCGUUUAGUCGUGUCCGACUCUUCGUGACCCCAUGGACCAUAGCACGCCAGGCACUCCUGUCUUCCACUGCCUCCCGUAGUUUGGUCAAACUCAUGUUCGUAGCUUCGAGAACAUUGUCCAACCAUCUUGUCCUCUGUCGUCCCCUUCUCCUAGUGCCCUCCAUCUUUCCCAACAUCAGGGUCUUUUCCAAGGAUUCUUCUCUUCUCAUGAGGUGGCCAAAGUAUUGGAGCCUCAGCUUCACGAUCUGUCCUUCCAGGGAGCACUCAGGGCUGAUUUCCUUAAGAAUGGAUAGGUUUGAUCUUCUAGCAGUCCAUGGGACUCUUAAGAGUCUCCUCCAGCACCAUAAUUCAAAAGCAUCAAUUCUUCGGCGAUCAGCC